GUAACACGUAUUUUUUGUGUUCGUGCAAUCAUUGCUAUUUUACUGGAAUUUACAGUGAUUAAACAUAUGAAAAGGAUUUUGUAAAGUUUCUAGUUAAUGUUUGUUAUAUUGGAUAUUUCUAAUAGUCAUAUAUGGGAGGAAAAAAAAAGAAAAAUAAACGCAAAAAGAGUGACGAUAGUGUAGACAAUAAAAGUUUUUGCAAGGCGGGAAGAUUUUCUCACUCACCAGAUUUUCAAAACGUACCUGUGAGUAACAUUUUAAGUCAAGCAAAUUCAGUAUUGUUUGAAAAUGAAGAUCAACUUAAUUUGAAAGUACUUUUUGAAGGGAAUAGCUCUAUUGAUUCUGAUACAGACACAGGUCCUGACACAGGUCCUUUUCUUACACCCCACCCACCUCAAGAUCUAAUGGUGACAAUGGAAAAUCCGUCAAAUUGUGAUAUAAUGAACUGUUUAAAAGGUAUUGACAAUAAGUUAAUGAAUAUUGAUAGUCGCUUGAAAAAAUUGGAAAUCUUAGAGCGAAAAGUCGACAAAUUUGACGAAGAAAUGAAGAAACUUUGGAAUUUUGUACAUGAUAAUGCCAAAAAAGUAAACGAGCGUUUAGAUCAGGUGGAGGAUAAAGUUGAAGCCAGUGACUUUUCCGUUGGUCUUGUGAAUGAUAAAGUGAUAGAGUUACAAAGAGAGAAAGAUUUGCUGAGGGACGAAGUUGUUUAUCUUCAAUCGCAAUCCAUGCGGAACAAUCUUAUAUUUACAAACAUCGAAGAGGCCCCGACAGAAACCCCUGAUGACACGGAAAAAACAUUAAGAUCGUUUUUAACAAAUAAAAUGAAACUCGCCCAAAAGUUUGUGGAUGACCUACAAUUUGAAAGAGUGCAUAGAAUCGGAGCUAAAACAAAUCACUAUAGUAGAAAAAUAGUGGCAAAAUUCUCGCUCUUCAAGGAAAGGGAAUAUGUCCGUAAACAAUGGAAAUCAUUACAGGGAUCAAAUUAUUUCGUUCAGGAACAAUUUCCAAAAGAGGUAAAUGAUAUAAGGAGAAAGCUUAUACCUAAGCUAAAGGAGGCCAAACAAGCAGGGAAAAGGGCGUGGUUAGCAUAUGACACCCUAUACAUAGAUGGAAAACCGAUGAAAGGGGAUGAGUCGAGCUAGGGAUUCGAGGAAGAUGGACUGGAUAUUUUAUCAUGGAACGUAAACGGUUUAACCUGUGAAAAGAAAAAUGACAGUGAGUUUGUUAAUUUGAUCUCAAAAAAUGACAUUAUAUUUUUAUAUGAGUCUUGGACCAACAAAGAUAGUGAUAUUGAACUUUCCAAUUAUGUAUCUUAUAACUUUUACAGAAAAUUUCAAAAUAGAAAUGCGAGAAGAAGUAGUGGAAGAACUGUUUUGUACUUUAAAGAAUGUUUAAAACCAGGUAUAGAGGUGGUUCGUACACAUUAUGACACUAUUAUUUGGUUGAAAUUAAACAGACAUUUUUUUCAUUUUGAAUCUGACGUUUAUAUAUGUGGUUUAUACAUCUGGUGCCAAGAUUCGCCAGCAUAUAGUGUAGUCCCUGUUGACCUGUUUGAUAUUUUACAAAAUGAUAUAUAUGACUUUGAAAAUUUAGGUUCCGUAUACCUGGUUGGAGAUUGCACAAAUCUGAGAAAAUUCAGUAAUUUAACCUUCAAGGUCAAGGUCAUUAAAGAGCCCAAGCAAAUUUGGGUUUGAUAAACAACAAGGUCUGGUCCUUAAGAAUGUUCUGUUAUAAUAUGAAGUUGAUCCCUUCAAUAAUAGCAAAGUUACAGUCAGUUACCGCCAAAACAAUGAAAAUUUCAAUAAUUUGACCUUCAAAGACAAUGUCAUUAAUAAGUGAAGGUCAAGGCCUUUCGGUAUAUUUUUAACAGUUAUCUUUGAAGAUUAUUAUGUUCAAGUUUCAAGACAAUCCAUUCAAAAAUAACAAAGUUACAGCCAAUAAUAGCCAAAAAAAUGAAAAUUUCAAUAAUUUGACCUUCAAAGUCAAGGUCAUUUAUGAGUGAAGGUCAAGGUCUGUCUAGUUAUUUUUAAGGGAUAUUCCUGAAGAUAAUUAUGUUCAAGUUUGAAGACAAUCCAUUCAAAAAUAACAAAGUUACAGCCAAUAACAGCAUGAACAAGCAAAAAUUGGACUUUUAACCUUGAAGGUCAAGGUCAUUUAUGGAUGAAGGUCAAGGUUAGUGUGGUCUACUGAAAGGUCUUGUCCCAAAGGUUGUUGUGGCCAAGUAUGAAGACAAUACACCAAGAAAUAAAAAAGUUAUGAUCCAGGUACAAGUUUGCGGACGGCAACGACAACGGCAACGCCGA